AUGGCUCGACGAUUUUUUGUACAACUCGUCGUCGCUGCGAGCGCGCUCGCCGGCGCCGCUGGCGCCACUGCGCGCGGUUCGGAUCGCCGCAUCGCGUUGCACCGCUACGCGACGCGACGGCGCUGCGCCGGCGGCGCGACGGCCGAGGAGGAGGAGGAGGCAUCGCCGGCGGAGGCCGCGGCGGAGCCGGAGGCCGCAGCGGAGCCGGAGGCCGCGGCGGAGCCGGAGGCGCCGGCCUACGACGAGGCCGCCGCGGACGCGUUGAUCGCGCGCGUCGCGGCGUCGACGCCGGCCGCGCCCUGCGACUUCGGCGCCGCCGCCUUCGUCGCGGCGUCGUGCCGCGACGCGGCCGCCGUCGCCGCGGCCGCCGAGAAGCUCCGGAGCGCGCACGACCUGCACCUCGCGACGCUCCGCGCGGAAGCUGCUCACGAACUCGUCGCAGGCGCCGGCGCGCUCGCGUCCUUCGCCGCCGCGCUCGCGGACCUGCCCCGGCCGCGCGACGCGGCCGACGUCGCGGCGCUCGCCGUGGACACGGAGCUGGACUUCGUCGCCGCGGCGGAGGCGGCGGCGCCGCCGGCCUUCCGCGCGCGCUGGUCCGCGGACGCCGCCAUCGCCGCGCUCCGCGACGGCGUCGCCGCGAUCGUCGAGGACGACCUCCGCGAGACGGACCUCGACUUCGACGACUCGGAGCUGCCGACGCGCCUCGAGCGCCUCGGCGCCUUCGCGAAGCGCCACCGGGGGCUCGCGCUCCGCGCGGGCAGCCUCGCGCUCAACGUCGUCCAGGCCCGCGUCGCCGUCGCCGCGGCCCGCCGCGCCGCGGAGAAGCGCGACGACGACGUGCCCAAGUUCCCGCUCGGCUUCGGCGGCCGGCGGCUCCAGGCCGACCUGUCGCAGCUCCGCGACGCGUCGUUCGAGAAGACGACGGCCGCGAAGAUGACGACGUCGAUGCCGCCCUUCCUCAAGAAGCUGGGCAUCGAUAAGCCCGAGGACGCGGUCCAGAUGCUCAAGGACAAGGCCGCGGACCUCGACGUGAGCUCAGCGACGGCCUUCGCGGAGAAGAACCUCGACAUCGUCAAGGCCAAGCAGUCGGCCGCGCUCGUCGACGUCGCCGCCGCCGCGGCCUGCGGCCUCCUCUUCGCCGGCGUCUACGGCGCCGUCGUCUUCGCCCUGGGCUGGUUCGUCGCCGCGCCGCGCACGGCGGCCUACGACGCGGACAGCGACGACUACACGUCCUGCAUCGAGUCGACGCUGCCGGGCGCCGUCGUCGGCGGCCUCAUCGGCAUGCUCCUGACGCUGAAGAUUUUCAACCCGCUCACGGACGUCUUCGCCGUCCUCCUCCUCGCCAUCUUCACCGCCGGCGGCCGCGGCGGCAAGCUCUACCUCGACUCGAACAAGAUGCCCGCCGUCGACGACCUCACGAACGUGAACGUCGGCUCGCUCAAGUGGCCCGAGUUCUAG